AUGAAGGUCUCUACUGUCGUUCUCUUCGUUGUCGCAGCAGCAGCAGCUCAGACCACUUACACUGCCACUGGUGUCGGUUGCAAGCCUCACGAUGACCACUGGCACUGCCCCGCUGGUAUCGCUGAGCCUACCACUGCACCUACUGCUGAGGCUUCAGCCGACACCGUCUCCGCUACCGCUAGCGGCGUGUGUGAGCCGCACGAUAAUCAUUGGCACUGCCCAUCUGGCGUCGCUGAGCCCACAUACGCUCCCUCAGCAGCUCCCACCACCACGCCUGCCGCUUCUGGCAUCACGUCUGCUUCCGCUGCAUCUGCGUCUGCAUCACACAGCCACGAUGACGACAAUGAUGAUGACCAUUCUCACACUGUCACUGCUUCCACCUGCGAACCUCACGGCGACCACUGGCACUGCCCAUCUGGUGUCGCCGAGCCCACCACCGUCCCUGCUCAGACUUUUUCUACCUCCAGGACUUCGACCGCGAGCGGGACCGCCAUUUCUGGAGCCUCCGGAUCUGUCAACACGUCUCUUGCGCAGGCAACUGGUGCUGCAUCUGCAGUCAGUAUUAGCCAGCAGGAUGUCGUAGCUGUGGUUCUCGGUGCCAUCGGUGCUUUCUACUUGUAG